UUGCUUUCAAGAGUAUGCAAUUAAAACUCAAUUUUUUCUGAACUCUCUCCCUCAAUAUCAAUAAAUUGAACUCCUAGAUGUAAUUUAGGAGACUUGAUUGCUUUUGAGGGAUGGGUUCAGUAAAUGUUGGAUUUUAUAUUGAUUAGCGUCCUUAUGAUCAACGCGUCAUAUGGAGACGUCCAGGUUGUCAUGAACCCGUUUUGCUAUUGUGAUCGAUAUUGUGUAGUCUAAUAUGUACGAAAUUGUAAAGCGGGUAUAGCGUCGCUAUAGCGCAGAUGAGUUUCGCGGUAAAUAGCAGUCAAUAGUGCCGCUAAUAGCACCACCGCUAUUUGUAAACGCUAUUUCAAAAUAGCGGUUCAGUAACACCGCAAAACGCUAUAGCACCAUUAUAACGCGCUAUUGAUAGCAUAGCUCCAAAUUACUUUGAUUUCAUAUUCAAAUUCAUGUAAAAUGUUUUUUUUUUCUUUUUUUUGUUGCUGUUAAAAAGAUGAACGUAUUAAUCCAAUAAUAUUAUUUGGGAAGUAAUUAUUUCCAUUUGGAUUUGUAUUUUGAAUUUGUUUCCGAUAAACCCCGCAAAACCCCCCGACUUGUUCCCAUCGUAAACGAAAGCCCAUUCUACGCAUUAUAGCCGUUCAUCUCGGAUUGCUGCAUACGACGCGAGCCAUGUUUGAGAAAGCUACGUGGCAAUCUCUGAUUGAUUGAUUUCCGCGCCAUGCGAUAUUUUUGGUUAAACCAUUUUGACGUAACCACUCCCGAGAUCCAUAUAUCUACUACACACUUAACAAACUAACCAAAAGAAGAAGCCAUUCAGAUCGGAAGAUCGACUCUGGAAUUCGAUUCGUCGGAUUAUGGAAGAAAGCAAACGGAGAAUCUAUUGUUUGCAGUUCUUUUGUUUCAUUUUGAUCGGCUGUUUCGCUUUUCAAACCUUCGCUUCUUCUUCCGGCACUGUAUUUUACGAGUCGUUUGAUCAAUCGUUUGAGGAUAGCUGGACUGUGUCUGAGAAUGAAGAGUAUUUAGGUGUAUGGAAUCACUCAAAGAGCGAGGGACAUGAUGAUUAUGGUCUUCUUGUAAGCGAGAAGGCUAGAAAGUACGCAAUCGUUAAGGAGCUGGAGAAGCCUGUAGAAGUUAACAACCGUACAGUUGUUCUUCAAUUCGAAACGCGCUUCUACAACCAGCUUGAAUGUGGUGGCGCAUAUCUGAAGUACCUCCGGCCUCAAGAAUCCGGCUGGACUCCCAAACAAUUCGACAGCAAUUCUCCUUACUCAAUCAUGUUUGGUCCAGAUAAAUGUGGCUCCACAGAGAAGGUUCAUUUCAUCGUAAACACCAAGUUCCAGAAGAAUGGAAAAUACGUCGAACACCAUCUCACCUAUCCUCCUAAAAUCCCUUUAGACAAAAUGACACAUGUCUAUACUGCCAUAUUGAAACCUGAUUACGAAGUGAGUAUCUUAAUCGACGGAGAAGAGAAAAAGAAGGUGAAUAUCUUGUCACCUGAAGAUUUUCAUCCACCGAUUGUUCUCCCAAAAACCAUUCCCGACUAUGGCGAGCACAAACCUGAAGAUUGGGACGACAGCAAACAGAUUCCCGACCCAGAUGCCAAAAAACCCGACGAUUGGGAUGAAGAUAUACCAAUGGAGAUUCCAGAUGAAGACGCUGUGAAACCAAAAGGAUGGUUAGAAGACGAACCAGAUGAAAUCGAUGAUCCGGAGGCGGUGAAGCCGGAAGAUUGGGACGAUGAGGAGGACGGCGAGUGGGAGGCUCCGAAAAUUGACAACCCUAAAUGCGAGUUCGUAGGGUGUGGAAAGUGGCAAAGACCAAUGAAGAAGAAUCCGGAUUACAAAGGUACAUGGAAAGCUCCUCUUAUCGAUAACCCUAACUACAUGGGAGUCUGGAAGCCUCGCCAAAUCCCAAAUCCCGAAUACUUUGAACUCGAAAACUUCGCAGUCGAACCCAUCGCCGCCAUUGGAAUCGAAAUCUGGACAAUGCAAGAAGGGAUUUUGUUCGACAACAUUUUGAUCACAAAUGAUGAAACGACUGCAGCAUCGAUUAGGGAUACGACAUGGAAGCCGAAGUUUUUAGUAGAGAAAGCGAAUCAAACAGCAGAAGAAGACGCUGCUGGUAUUGAAGGACUCAAGGGUAUCCAGAAAUCUGUGUUUGAUGUGCUUUACAAGAUUGCUGAUUUACCUUUCUUGAGUGGACACAAGAUGAAGGUUAUGGAACUUAUUGAAGAGGCUGAAAAGAAACCAAGUCUUAUUGUUGGCAUUAUACUUUCACUUGCUGUUGUUGUUGUUAGUCCCUUGUUGAAGAUCUUGUUGGCUACCAAGAAGAAUCAAACAAAGGUGAAGGAGGGAGGUAAGAUGGCCGCCGCUCAAGGCGAGGAUGCAACUUCUCCUCGUAGGAGGAAUACCAGGCGCGAUGGUUGAGCAGAUUAGCUUCUUUGGUAGAAUCAAGGCAUUAGUUUUGACUGAAGAUUUAAUCUAAUUAAAAAGUUUUUUUUUUCUCUCUUUUUCAAAAAAAAAAAAAUUACAUAAGCUGAGAGUUUUUUUUAUUUUUUUACGAAAAUAAUAAUCGGUCAUUUUUUGGAGGUCUUUUCGCAACAUGUUAAAUCAAUCAAAUUGUUAACCAAGAUUUGAGUAUACAAUGUAUGGUUGCAUAAACAUAAGUACCACAAAGGUAUAGCUAGGAAGAUUGAGGCAUUAGGCUAUGGAUAAAAACAAGACACCAUUCGGAUCAAAAGCCUAACAAUGGUAACAUAUUUGUUGAUGAGUUUAAUGUCAUUAAACAUUAUAGAGUUUCAUAA